GCCCGGUGGCUCACUGACUCAGGAUGCGUACACAGGCUUACCAGGCCGAGAUGGGAGCAUCUCUCAGCCACUUUCGGGCGAGUAUAAGAGGCAUCUGCCGCCCAUCUGGAGAAAGGCACGCUUGACGCUCACACAUUCGUUCCCUAUACACUCUUUCAGUCUUUUGACUUCUCGAACUGUUCAUUUUCGUCCUUUUUUUGACCGUCACUCUUUACACAAACCCGUACCUACCAUUCACAAUGAAGUUUUCUCAGGUCCUCGCUGUUGCUGCUGCCAGUCAGCUCGCCUCUGCUCAUACCACCGUCUGGAACAUCCUCGUUAACGGAGAGGAUGCCGGCCUUGGCAACACACAGGGUGGCUACAUCGACACUCCCCCCAACAACAACCCCGUCACCGACGUCACCUCGUCCGCCAUGACCUGCAAUGUCGCUGGCACCAAGGCCUCCAAGUCCAUCACCGUCAAGGGUGGUGACAAGAUUGCUUUCCAGUGGCACCACGACAACAACCAAGCCUCUGACGACAUCAUCGCCUCCUCCCACAAGGGUCCUAUCAUGGUAUACGCCUCGAAGGCUGGCUCUUCGUACUCGUGGACCAAGAUCUGGGAGGAUGGCUACAGCAACGGCAAGUGGGCCGUCGACAAGCUCAUCGCUGGUUCCUACACCGGCAAGGCCGGCCAGCACGACCUGACCCUCCCCAACCUCGCCCCCGGCGACUACGUCCUCCGCCCCGAGAUCAACGCUCUCCACGAGGGUAACCGCCAGGGUGGCGCCCAGUUCUACAUGGAGUGUGUCCACAUCAAGGUCGAGGGCUCCGGCACCGCUGUCCUGCCCGCCGGUGUCACCUUUCCUGGCGCCUACAAGGCCACCGAUCCCGGUGUCCUUUUCGACAUCUACUCCGGCUUCACCAGCUACACUCCUCCUGGCCCCAAGGUCUGGAACGGCGCAUCCUCCGACUCAUCUCCUGCUGCCUCUGCAACCACGACCACUGCGAAACCUGCCACCACGACCGCUGCUCAGCCUACCACUACCGCUGCUAAGCCUACCACUACCGCUGCUAAGCCUACUACCACCGCUGCUGCCAAGCCUACUACUCUCGCUACCUCCGUCAAGCCGGCUGCCACCAGUGCUGCUGGCUCCGUUGCCAAGUGGGCUCAGUGCGGUGGCAAUGGUUACACCGGUGCUACUGCUUGUGUGUCUGGCGCCACCUGCACCAAGCAGAACGACUACUACAGCCAGUGCUUGUAGGGUGUUUAAUUACAUCGGGCGUUGAAGUGUACGGUUAGAUUGGGCAAAAGUACUUUGUAGAGUCCUAUGGCCAUGUGACCGUUUCUUCGAUUCAACUGUAUAUAUCUCAUGACAAAUGGACCUCGAGUUCUUGAACAAAAUCCAAGCCUUCCAAAGUGAUGUUUGAAGCCCUAGAGCGGCUCAUGUAAUCGUAGUAACCGUCAAUACCGUAGAUCCAAGAAUGCCACUAUGAAUGACAAAC